AUGACAAAUUCUCAAAAUUCUCUCUGGAAAAUGAAGAUAAUUGAAGGCAUAAAAGAGCUUGAAGAAAAAAUUAGUAAUUAUUGGAAUAAUGAGAACCUUUCAGAAGAAGGAUUUAUGAAUGUUAUUAUUGAUUCAUCACUUUCAACGGCUUUAAAAUGGCUGAAAAAAUAUGAAGGUGCAAGUAACUAUAUAAUUCCAAAUAUUCAUUGGGCUGGAUUUCAAGAUCUGUAUUAUGUGAAAAUUAUUAGAAUAAAUAAUGUUUUACAAAUAGAUAAAAUUAUUUUAACACAAAAGUCUUUAACCAAAGAACUUAAAAAAUGGCUGGUUGAGUAUAGUAUUCUUAGUACUGAUAGACCCAGAGAAUAUAAAAAUUCUGGUGAAAAUAUUGAAAUUAUUU